AUGAACAAGAUGAUCGAAAACUACCUACUGAUGGAGAAGAUCGGCAGCGGGCAGUACGGAUCGGUGCACAAGGCGCAGUGCCUUCGGACCAACCAGCUCGUGGCCAUCAAGGUCAUGAAAACUGAAAAGUUCAAGGUGGUCCCCAAGCUCCAGGAGUUCAUUUUGAAUGAGAUCCAGAUCCUCUCCAAGAUCAAGAACCCGAAUGUUAUCAGGUUCAUCGAAAUGCUCCGCACGGUCAACAAUUUUUACCUGGUCUACGAGUACUGCAAUGGCGGCACCCUCGAGGACAUCAUCAAGGCCCGCAAAACACUUCGCGAGCGAGACGCCCUGCUCAUUCUCGAGCAGAUCCUCUGUGCCUUCAAAGAACUGUUCCAGAAGAACAUCCUGCAUCGCGAUCUCAAGCCUUCCAAUAUUUCUCACAACGAUGUGCUCAAAGUGGCAGUUGGCUUCUGCAAAGGGCUGUCCGACGCCGAAGAUCUCACCCAGACCAUGGUGGGCUCGCCGAUCUACAUGGCUCCCGAAGUGCUAAAAGGUAACACCUACAACCUGAAGGCAGACCUGUGGUCGAUCGGCGUGGUGCUCUUUGAAAUGCUGUUCGGCUAUUGCCCCUUCGAGGACAAGACCAUCACAAAGCUGAUACUCCAGAUCGACUCCAAGCCUCUGCACAUCCCCAAGGCCACUGCCAUUUCACCUCGGAUCGAGAACCUCCUUCGCCGCAUGCUCACGAUCGAUGUCCAGGAUCGAAUCGAAUGGGCGGAAGUGCUCGCCUACGACUUGUGGGGGGAUAGGACGGCCGACCCCCGGACUGACAAGAUUGCCCUGCCCACAGCCUACCUUCUUUGCAAGAUCCUAGCGGUCGCAAUCCGAGAGAUCAAAGGCUCUGAGCUGCAGAAACAGCUGAAGACAGCUGAUCUGACUUCCCAACAG